AUGUCAUUAUUCUUCAAGUCAAUAAAGAGUAAGAUUGAAGAAACAUUAAAUCAUACGCCACAAGUUAAUUUAUUCAAUAACAGUAAUAAUGGAGGCAAUAACAGUAAUAAUGGAGGUAAUAAUUCAACACCAACCUUAACAAAAACUCCAUCAACAACCAAUUUCCCAUAUAAUGAUUAUAAAAAUUAUACAUAUAAAUAUGUUUAUGAUAAUACCGAUAAUUAUAACUUUAAUAAUAAUAAUAACAAUAACAAUAAUAAUAAUAAUAAUAAUAAUAAUAAUACAAAAGAAAAUAAUUUUAAAAGUAUAAGAGAAAGUGCAUCAAUAUAUAAAAAUAAUGAAGAAAUUAAUAAUGACGAUAAUAAUACUAUAAUAAAUAAAAAAAAGAUUGAGGAAGAAGAGGAUGAAACUAAUUUCGAUACUUCAUUAAUUCCGAAACUUGGUCAUGAAGAUAAAGAUGAAUUAGAAAGCGAUCAUUAUAUAACAAUAUGGGGUAAUGGUAUUAGAAAUUAUAAAAAUUGUAAUAUGAGUAGUAUAGGAUUUUCAGAGAUGUAUAAUCAACAAAAGAUUGUAUUGAUAUCAACGGGAGCAAUUCAUAGUUCAUUCAUAACGGAUCAAGGUAAUCUUUAUACAUUUGGAGAUGGUUUAUUGGGUAAAUUAGGUCAUGGUAAUCUUGAAUCAUAUAGUUCACCUAAAUUGGUUGAAUUCUUUCAAACAAAACCAUCAUUAAGAGUUGUAUCCAUUGCAAAUGGUGGUAAACAUUCAUUAGCAUUAACAAUUUGUGGUAAAGUUUAUAGUUGGGGUGGUAAUGAUAGUUGUCAAUUAGGUUUAGGUAAUGGUUCAUCAUCAUCAUAUUAUUCACUACCACAAUUAAUUAAUUUUAAUAUUAGUUAUAAUAAUAAUAAUAAUAACAACAAUAACAAUAGUACUAAUAAUAAUAAUAAUAAUAAUAAUGACGGUGCACAACAACAAUUUUCAUUAUCUCAAAAUAGUAGUAGUAAUAAUAAUAAAAUUAAAAUUGUUAAAUUAUCAUGCGGUACGAAUAGAUCGGCAGUGAUUACAGAUAAAGGUUUAUUAUUUACAUUUGGUAGAGGUGAUCAUGGUAGAUUAGGAUUAGGUGAACAAUCAUUGUUAAUGCAAUCAACACCAAAAUUAGUUCAAUCAUUACAAGGUCAUUUCAUUAUUGAUAUGUCAAGUGGUGGUGGUCAUUCAUUGGUAUUAACAAAUAAAGGUUUAGUUUUUUCAUUUGGUAGAAAUGAUCAAGGUCAAUUAGGUAUUGGUUGCUUUUCAAAUCAACAAACUAUACCAAAACAAAUUCAAUGGUUUCAAACAUCUCAACAACAACAACAACAACCAAUUAAUAUUAUUAAAGUUUCAGCAGGUGGUUAUCAUUCAAUUGCAAUAUCAGAUAAUAAUGAUACAUAUGCAUGGGGUAGAAGUGAUUAUGGUGUACUUGGUACAUCGAUUGAUGUUCAAGGUGAUAGGAAUUUACCAGUAUUAAUUAAUAGCAAUAGCGUUGUUGUUGAUAAUGUAAAGUUUAUAGAUGUUUCGAGUGGUUUUCAACAUAAUGUAGCAAUGUCUAUUGAUGGCUCAUUAUAUUCUUGGGGAUGUAAUGCUGGUCAAAGAUUAGGUUUUAAAAGUGAUGAAAAUCAAUUAACACCAAAGAAAUGUUUUAUAAAUUCAAAAGAUUCAAAACCAUUAUUAUUUACGUGUGGUGAAAUUAUUACAAUAAUUGUUGAAAAAAGAUUUAAAGAACCAAUUAUUAAAACAGAAUUACAAUUACCAUCAUCAACUCAAUCACAACAACAAACAGAAUUAUCAUUACCAUCAAGUGUUAAUAGUAGUAGUGAUAGUAAUUUUAAUAAAUCAAUAAUUGAUAAUAGUUCAACAACGACAAUAAUAAAACAAACAAAUAAUAAUAUAAAAUCAACAACAACAACAAUAAUAACAAGACCAUCAUCACCAACACCAUCAUUUUUAUCAUUAGCAAAUGAAGGUAAAGAUUUAUUAAAUAGUACACAAAGUAAUUUUAUUGAAUGGAUGACAUUAAUUUCAAAAUCAAAAGGAUUAUUAAAUUUAAUUCAAAUGAAAGCAACUAGUAGUUUACCAAAUUUAGGACUUUCAAUUGAAAAGAAGAAUAAAGAUUUCGAUGAUAUAAAUAGACAAUUGAAAUUAUUGGUAAAUUCAAAUUUAUCACUUUCACCAUUACCUGAUAAUAUUCAAUCUGAAAUCGAUAGAUUGGUUUUAUCAAGAAAUCAACUUGGUUUAGGAUUAGUAUCAGAAUAUCAAACUUCAAUUGAUUAUUGGUUAGAAAUUAAACAACAAAAAGAUUUAACUUUUUUAAAUUUAUCAAAAUUAUUAAAUUUAUCAACUAUAACUACAACUACAACUUCAAAUACAACAACUACAACCACAGCAACAACAACAACAACAACAACAACAACAACAAAUUUAAUAAAUAAAAAAGUUUUAGUUCAUCAGGAUGAAAAACAACAACAACGAGAGAAAUCAGAAACAGAAUUAGAAGAGGAACAAGAUGAAGAAGAAGAAGAUAGCGAAAUAAAGAAUGGAACAUUAACAGCAAUUGAAAUUCAACAACAAAGUUUUUAUUUAGUUGAAAGAUUAAAUCAAGGAUUAGGUAAUUUUUGUAAUAAUAUUAUGGAUUCUACUACAAUGGUCCAACCUUUAACAACAGCAACUGCAUCAUCAACAACAGCAACAGCAACAGCAACAACGACAACAGCAAAUACAACAAAUAGUAGUGGAAUUAUUAAUAAAAAUUUUGGAGAAUCAUUAAGAUUAUCAAUGGAAGAAAUUCAAUUAAUUGUAUUAGAAACUCAAAAAUAUGCAAUUAAAUAUCAUUCAUUACUUUCACAACAAUUACAACAGUGUGAUGAUUUAAUUAAUAUUCAUCGUGGUAAAUUAGUAGAGGUUCAAGAUUUUUUAAAUAAAUCAAAAUUGGCUCAAUCUUUAUUAGAACAAAGAGAGAAAUUAAAAUCUGAUUAUAGAUUUUGUAAAAGAAAUAGUAUUGAAUUAAGUAAAAAAAUUGAAGUUAUAGAAUUAGAUUAUGAUCAAAAUUUAUGUGAUGAUGAUGAUAAUAAUCAUGAAAAUAAUAGUGUAAAUAAUAAUAGUAAUAAUAAUAAUAAUAAUAAUAAUAAUAAUAAUAAUAAUAAUAAUAAUAAUAAUAAUAAUAAUAAUAAUAUAGAUAAUAAUAUAAAUAGUAAUAGUAUAAAUGAUAGUAGUAAUAAUAAUAAUAAUAAUAAUAAUAUUGAAAAAUUAAAAAAUGAAUUAAUUAAAUUAAAAAAAGAUGAACAGAAAUUAUUAAGUAAUCAACAAGAAAUAAAUGAAUUAAUUAUUGAAAUAUUAGAUAAAUAUGUACCAGAAUUUAAAAUUAAAUUAAGAGCAAAUGAUAAAAUUUCAUCAAGAAUUAAAGAUACAGGAUUAUUAGUAACCGAUAGAAAAUUUCAACAUUAUGAUAUUAUUAAAACUUUAUCAACACAUCCACAUAAUGUUUAUUUGGCAAAUUUUAAUGAUCAAUUAGUUGUAUUGAAAGAAUUUGGAAUUGGUGAUGCAUUUGGUAAACAAAUUUUCGAGAGACAAGUAUCAUUAUUGAAACAAAUGAAUCAUAAAUGUAUUAUGCCAAUUCAAGCUGUAUUCUAUGAUAGAAAUGCAUUUAUGCAAAUGGAGUAUAUUUCUGGUGGUAAUCUAUUAGAUUGGUGUAGAAAUAAUAAUAAUGAUAAUGAAAAUAAUAAAAGACGACAACCUUGGGAAAUUCAAAAAAUAUUUCAACAAAUCAUUCAAGCUAUUGCUUAUAUGCAUUCAAAUUGUAUUAUUCAUAGAGAUUUAAAAUUGGAAAAUGUUUUAAUUAGACAAGAUGGUACACCAGUAAUCUCUGAUUUUGAUUUAAGUAAAGAUAUCUCUGCAAAUGUUAAUGUUACAGUUUUCAAUAUUAAUGGUGGUACUGAAUUAUAUAAAGCACCUGAAAUGAAAGAACAAAAUGUUAAGGGUAGUUAUUCAACUGAUAUUUGGGCAUUUGGUGUUAUGUUAUAUAAAUGUAUUUUUCAAUUUGUUAAUAAUAAUAAUAAUGGUAAUAAUGGUAAAAAUAAUAAUAGUGAUGGUAAUGAAAAUGAUAAUAAUAAUAAUAAUAAUUUUUUAAUAAUAAGAGAACCAUUUUUAUUACCAGAAGAAAAUAAUUUACCAUUACCAGCAAAUCAUUCAGAUCAAAGAUUAAUAUCAUUAUUAUCAUCAAUAUUUCAAAGAAAUCCAAAACUUAGACCAACUGCUCAUCAAAUUGCAGUUCAUCCAUACUUUGUAACUUCAUUGGUAGAGGAUUUAUUAUCAUCAAGAACAUUAAUUGAUUGUAGAGAAAAGAUUGCUGCAUUUAGAGCUCAUAUAUCAUCAUUAUCAGAGAUGGCAGAAGAAAUGAGUGAAUCACUUCAAUUAACUGUACGUCGUGAACAUUUAGUACUAGAUUUCUUUCAAUUCUUUUUUAAAAAAAUUGAAUCAAAUAAAUUAUUUUGCAGAUUAGAAGUUUCUUUUCAAGGUGAAAAAGGUUUAGAUUUAGGUGGUUUAUCAUCUGAAAUGUAUUCAUUAUUAUUUAGUGAUAAUCAAAUUAUUGAUAAUUCAAAUAAUUCAAAUAAUAGUGUUUCUUAUUCAAUUCCAAAAAAUAGUUUAUUUUCAAAAAAAUUCAAUUUGUUUGAAAAUAGUGGAACAGAAUCACCAUUUUAUUUAUUAAAUUCAAAUGAUUUAUUUAAUAAUAAUAACAAUAAUAAUGAAGAAAAUAAUAAUAAUAAUAAUAAUAAUAAUAAUAAUAAUAAUAAUAAUAAUAAUAAUAAUAAUAAUAAUAAUAAUAAUAAUAAUAAUAAUAAUAAUAAUAAUGAAGAAAAUCCAUUAUUAAUUUUAAAAAAUGAAUUUACAAUUUUUAAAAUUUUAGGUAAAAUAUUUUUAAAAUCAAUUAUUGAUGGUAAACCAAUACCAGAUUGUUUUCCAACAUCAUUUUUUAAAUAUUUAUUAGGAGUUAAAGUAAAUUUAAGAGAUUUAGAAAUUUAUGAUCCACAAUUAGCACAAUCAUUUAAAAAGGUUUUAGUAUUGGAUAAUAUUGAAGAAUAUUUAUCAACAACAUUUGAAGGUUUAAUUGAAGGUGGUGAAUCAAUACCAGUUACAGAUUUAAAUAAAGAGGAAUUCAUUCAAAGAAAUAUUGAAAGAGUUUUAGUAGGUUGUAGACAAUCGAAAUUGGAAGCAUUUAAAUCUGGUUUCAUGUCAAUCGAUAGUUUAAAUGCCCAUUUUGCACUUUUCUCUCCAACUGAAUUACAAUUAUUAAUGUGUGGUAAUACUUUGGUGGAUUCAAGUGUUUUACAAAAGAAUUUCAAAUUCAUUGGUUUCCCUGACACUUCUUCAACUCCAAAAGAUUUUCGUAGAGCAGUUGAUGAAAUGAAUCAAGAUGAAAUUCGUUUAUUCCUAAGAUUCGUCACUGGAAUGGUUGCAUUACCACUAUCUGGUUUUGAAAAAUCAAUUUCAAUCAUUCAAGUACCAUUAAGUCAAAAAUUACCUUGUGCUCAUACUUGUAGUUAUCAAUUGGAUUUACCUGAUUAUAAUGAUUUUGAUACUACUAAAAAGAAAUUAAUUAAAAUGUUAGAAUAUGUAGAUGGUUUUGCUUUUAUUUAA